AUGAAGACCUUGUCUGAGGAAGAGCUCACAACAAUCGUAGGACAAUACUUCGCUCCGAAGGAUUUAUAUCACUACACGAAAAGCCUACCUUUUCUCGGAAGCUUACAAUGCGAUAUAACAAGUUUGACAGCUGGCCAAUGGACGGAAGUUGUCAUCAUCUACACUGUAGGCGGCAGUGGGCUGGCGGAUGGAGCUUGGAUGAAGGGAACGUUCAAAUUCUACUCAGACUGGGCUCUCUUUCAAACAUCGGACCCCAAACAGGACAAUCAUGUAUCAGCCGAAUACAUUCCGGGGCCGUUGAAGACCGGACAAACGCCUGCCACAGUACAAUCGCUGGCUGUGCGUUUCGAUCAGAAGGGUCAUGAACGGCCGUUCCAGAAGGCUGUUAUCAUUGACAUAGUGGAUGGCUAUCUCAAUCCUGGCGACAAGAUCGUAAUCCGCCUCGGUGACCGUAGAUGGGGGGCGAAAGGCACACGUGUGCAGACUUUCGUUGAGGAUAACUUCUUGAUGAGAUGGUACAUCGAUCCUGUUGGAACAUCGAGAUUCGCUGCCAUCAAACCGGAUAUCGCAAUCCCAAUAUUACCUGGUCCUCCUGUCAAUAUCAAGGCAGUCACUCCCCGCGUUGUGCAGCCUGGUACAGAGUUCACUGUGCAUCUGCACGCCGAGGAUCAUUGGGGAAAUGCGACAAAGGAUCUUAUGAAUUACACAGCAAACGCUCAGAUAACAAAGGAAGGGUCUUCCGACGUGAUUUGGAACGAGCAAUGGCCUUUCAAUCCUAGUGGUUGGACGAUUGCGAAAGCUUCUACAACAUUGCCUGUGGCUGGGGACUAUAUCUUCAAGUCGAGCAUCGUGAACCCUCAUGGUGCUGUCAUUGCCACUGAGUCACAAAUGAUUACCUCCGAACCUUCCCUCCCCGUUUCGCGACCUCUCUUUGCAGAUCUGCACGUACAUUCUGACGAUACCGUUGGCACGAACUCCACCACAUACAACUUCUCAUAUGCUCAGCAAAUUGCCGGUCUCGAUGUUGUUGGCUACACAGCAAACGACUUCAAUAUCACGAAACAGCGAUGGGAUGCUACCUUAGAUAUCAUCAGAAAGGUCAACGCGGACGGCGACUUCGUGGUAUUUCCGGGCACGGAGUGGUGCGGCAAUUCCGCUGCUGGUGGCGAUCAUAAUGUGGUAUUUCUUGAUGAUCCGGCUGCUAGCGAACCCGAGUUUUCCUUCGACAAGCACGGUAACGUUGCACGAAGCUUCGAAUGGAACGAGGAUGGACCUGCGAAGCUCCUGCCCGGCGCCUGGCCACUGGAUGAGGUCUACGCAACUUAUGCGCACGUUCCGGAAAAGCACCUCCUCAUCCCGCACGUUGGUGGCCGUCGCUGCAAUCUAGCCUGGCACCAUCCCGAGCUCGAACGACUUCUGGAGAUUGGCAGCGCGUGGGGUCUCUUCGAGUGGCUUCUUCGCGAUGCUGUGAAGCGUGGCUGGAAACUUGGCGUAUGUGCAAAUUCGGAUGAGCAUCGCGGCCGCUGCGGCGGCGGGGUUCCUGGAACUGCAGUCUUUGGCACAAAGGGUGGCUUGACGGGUGUACUUUCCCCUGCAUUGCACUGGAAAGAUGUCGCUACCACACUCCGAGCUCGCAGGACAUUUGCGACGACAGGCGAGCGACUUGUUGGCCUGGUCAGUGCCCGCCAUGGCACCGCGCUUCAAGGCGAUGAAAUCGCUAUCUCUGGAAACGAAAAACUGUCGUUCAAAUACGCUUUUUAUGGCAAUGCAGGCUUUUCUUCGGUUGAAGCCUGGGACGCUAACGGCAUUGUCUUCAUUCGUGACCUUCAGCAAGAAGCCUCUACGUCCACCAAAGCUUCAACGCCCACAAAACUGCGCAUCGAGUGGGGUGGUGCGCGCGUUUAUGACCGCUACAAAGAAGCGAUCUGGCAUGGCGCAAUCCUUAUUCCCGGCGCCAAAAUUUCCCACAUUGUGCCUUUUGGUGGGGUGUCAGUUAAUCCUGAAGACAGCAUCACAGUCAAGUCAGUGGACCACGUGGUGUUCCACACGCGCACGUCUGGGGAUUUCGAUGGCGUAGAUAUCUUCUUUGAGGCUGAUUCUGGUUUGCCACGUGAAGUCAGUGUUACAGGGACGCUCGAUGGGUAUGUCAAAGUCGGAAAUGCUCUGUCAGGAAAUCCGCAUAAGUCACAACCUUCCUUCAAUUUUAUAGCCACUCGUGACGAGUUAAAAGUAAAGGCUGGGAAGCAUGUCAGCAUCCUUGGUGGUGCGGAGUUGUAUGUACGCGCUGAGACUUUGUUGGAUGUACGUCUGCCGCGCAGGGUGGAGGGGGAGAUUGAGAUAUCAAAUGGUUCACACAGAGCGGAUGAGCAGAGAGCAGUGUACUUCGUAGCAAGAGAGUGGAAUGGCGGCAAGGUGAUUACCAGCCCUAUUUUUGUCAAGUACAACCGAUAG